UUGUCCGCCCGCGGCACGCACAGCAGCCGCAGCCGCCUCGCGCCUGGUCCCGCGGUCGCAGCUCGAGCCGCAGCCUCCGCGCCGCCGCCGCUCGCUUCGUGGAUCGGUCUCUCCGGCACACGGGCUCCAACCCCGCUGUAGCCGCCCUCCGAGCCCUUCAGGCCGCCCCGGUCUCCUCACCCGGCCCGAUCCAGCCCGCGAAGAUGGUGGACCGCGAGCAACUGGUGCAGAAAGCCCGGCUGGCCGAGCAGGCGGAGCGCUACGACGACAUGGCCGCGGCCAUGAAGAACGUGACAGAACUGAACGAGCCACUGUCCAAUGAAGAAAGAAACCUCCUGUCUGUGGCCUACAAAAAUGUAGUCGGGGCCCGCCGCUCAUCCUGGAGGGUCAUUAGCAGCAUUGAGCAGAAGACAUCUGCAGAUGGCAAUGAGAAGAAGAUAGAGAUGGUCCGUGCUUACCGCGAGAAGAUCGAGAAGGAGUUGGAAGCGGUGUGUCAGGAUGUGCUGAGCCUGCUGGAUAACUACCUGAUCAAGAAUUGCAGUGAGACCCAGUACGAGAGCAAAGUGUUCUACCUGAAGAUGAAAGGGGACUAUUACCGCUACCUGGCCGAAGUAGCCACCGGAGAGAAGAGGGCAACCGUCGUGGAGUCCUCUGAGAAGGCCUACAGCGAAGCCCACGAGAUCAGCAAGGAGCACAUGCAGCCCACUCACCCCAUUCGAUUAGGCCUGGCUCUUAACUACUCCGUUUUCUACUAUGAGAUCCAGAAUGCCCCGGAGCAGGCGUGCCACUUGGCCAAAACCGCUUUCGAUGACGCCAUCGCCGAGCUCGACACUCUGAACGAGGACUCCUACAAGGACUCCACUCUCAUCAUGCAGCUGCUCCGCGACAACCUAACGCUCUGGACGAGCGACCAGCAAGACGAUGACGGUGGAGAAGGCAACAACUAAGGCCCCCAGGUGGACUGGCAGCGCACGCUGAUGCUCCUACCGCAGUCUUUAUUUUUUUCCCAUGAGUGGGGGGUCGGGUGGGGGAGGGGAAGGGAGGGACGACCUUCCCAGGGAGAAGCCCACGACCUGUCCUGUCUUUGAUCGCCUCUUUGACGUUUUUUGCCAAAACACCACUAGUGGAAAGUCAGGUUAGCUGUGCUGGUAUUGGAAUAGCAGCCUCAUACUGGCAUACAGACUGUUCUGUAACUGAAUGCAGGUGGAGCUGUCUGUCUUGAGUCUAACUUAUUGCCAGAGAGUAGGGUUUGGAGUCAAAAAAGAAAACUGAAAAAUGGAAUGGCCCUCAUUCAGGAAGUUCUGUGGUUCCAGUAAGGAUUUAUAUGUACAUACGCUCUUAAUCUUAAGUUCUGGGUACUUCCUAGCUCAUCUGUUUUUCCGUGCAUUCCCCCCCCCCGCCCCCCCGCCAGGGUGCACUUGACCAGCCAGGGAAUAGUUUAAAUCCCAAACUGACAGACUUGGGACAGAAGGUAUAUUUAUCCUUGUGGUUUUAGGCCUCGCCAGUUUUCUGAAGUCUCCGAUUAGUUGACAGUAUUAACACUAAAUUGCGGUUUACAGUAUUUCUACAUGACAGCCAUAUGUAACAUCAAGCCAUCGAUUGUCGUUUUUCUUUGCUAGUUCUUUGGGCUUUCCAUCCUUAGCCUUUACCCAGAUUGGUGUCGCUGGUCCCUGUCUCCUAGGCCAAAAAGGCUUGCCUAAGGAGAAUCCAAGCUACUUUAGAUUUUGGUUAAUAGGUGCUUGGCAGGUGGCUGUGGGAUUUUUGUCUUUCUUUCCUCUUAACUUCAAUCCACCACAAAAAUGGAUUACUCACUUUAAUAGAAACGUUACACACCACAAAAAUCGAGAAAAUUCAGGUCUGUAUGUCAUUUAUUGUGUUGAUAUUUUCAGAGAACUCCUGAUUUUUAAGCUGCCACAGCUCCUUCCUCAGGGAUCAUGCUGCCAUUUCACUCUUCACUUGAGUGCUCCCCACUGUACCUUCUGCUGGCGGCGCCCAGGAGGGUGGAGAUGCUGUUGGCUGUAAAGGCUGGGCCAUCCUCCCGAGAAAGUCUGCGGUGCAGUGUGUGAAAAUUCAGGUGCUAGAAGCUUACCGGUAGAAAAAUCCAGAAGGAAGAGCUCUUCUAUUCAUACACAUUCUGUCCAAUUGCGGGAGCCUCCGUAAGCAUGUCAGUCUUUCCUCCCCGAAAACACUCCUUCCCCAAGUAAUUGUUGUAGGAAGAUGAACUAAAAUCAUUCUCAGAUAAUAAAAUAACUCCUAUUUGACCAAAACUUUUUCUAUAUACUUUUUUCUUUUUAACGAAAGCAUCGAAGCUGGAGAGUCCUUUUCUCUCUUGCGCAGUCGACACACGAUUUGAAAUUGAAGGGAAACUACCUUGCUGUUUCCACAAAUUUGUUCUCCGUUAGCCUUUGGUCCUUCAUUUCUCAUUUUGGAAAAAAUCUGUCUGAAAACACGACCCGUUUGAGUGUGUGUUCAGUCUUUUUUAGAAGAUCAGUAACAGUGUGAACUCCUGAGACAGGUAAUAACGCCAGGCAUGUUUUGUCUAUUUCUUUGUUUUAUUUAGUCAAGGAGAGGUAUGAAUAAUAAUUGAGGAAACACUGACCAUUGCUUUUGCUAUUACCAAAAUUGAACUUAACAGUUAGGAAGUGGAUAUGUGUGACGGGAUCCAGGUGACCGUGAAGACCAGAAGCAUGACGAAUGAUGCUCUGUGGCAUCGCACAGUUUAUCCAGCGUGACUUUCCUUAGAAGGUUCCCUCCAUAUGCUAGAGCAGAAGUCCUAAUUAACUGAACCCUAGCCGUAAACUCCUAGAAGAGAGCUGUACAGCUUUUGUGCCAUCACUGGGGCCUAAAGUCAAUGCCAUGGAUGGGAAAAGAUUAGGGGUGGGGGGAGGGGGUAGGUGGGGCUUUUCCUUAACUUAUCAUCAUGUCCAGUGAGCAGUGUUGUGUCCUUCCUUGUAGCAUUUGGAAAUGAUUUACUGGAAUUACAAAACCUAUUUUUUCUUUGAAAUUUCAGCUUUGGCUCUGGCUGCUUUUUAGAAUAAUGCAAGAUAAAAUUAUACCCGAGGGCUAAAAAUGAAGAGGGGAUGGGAGACUUGAUAUUUAAGCAGCUUGAAUGGUUUCUUUUCUUUUCUUUAUUUUUAAAGAAAUGCACUUGCCUCUGAUACUGUCUCUCCAGUGAAAUGAUUACUCCUCCAUUACUCUAUUGAUACAAUAUUGUGCAUGCUAGUGUUGUAUUUCUAUACAGUAGCUUGAAAUUUAUUAACUUAUACUGUAGGUGUUAUGUAUUCCUAUGACAAAAAAAACUUAAGUCUUCAAAUUUUUUAAAGUUUUUUUAAUUUAAUUUCUCCUUUCGGGGGUACAGUUUGCUCUACCAAAUAGUGAUCGUAACAAAUUGAUCUGUUUUGGAUGUUGCUAUAGUGACAUGCAGUUAUAUAUUUUGUUUUUAGGGGGGGGGAGCAAAAGAAACACCAGUGUUAGCUUAAUCUUAAUGUCUGGUGUUUGUCAUGGUGAAAUUAUAACUAUUACAGUGUAGGAGAACAAUGAAUAUGUUCUCUGAAUGAGCCUCUGUGCUUUUUGUCAUGUUAUGCAGUGAACUAUUUUUAAGGUCUAAUCAGUGAUUAUUUUUCCAACUCCGUGUUUCUCUAAGGAAUUCUUUCACACACGGACCAUUCUUAGCAGUUUUCCUCAGUGAUGGAAUAUCAUGAAUGUGAGUCAUUAUGUAGCUGUCGUACAUUGAGCAAAUAAACUUACAGAUCUGA